GGAAACACUGCUGGUUAUGCUAAUGAGAGUCAACAACAAGUAUUUCGGACAGGCAGAAGUUGAAUUCGAACGUUAUCUUUUCCAUUUUCGAUUAUUUCUGAUGUGUGAUUUAUUUUGAAGUGCUGGUAGCGUGUUUUGAUUAUUUUCUUUUCUCUAAAACAUGGAUGUGCCCGAUGGUGGUGUUCAACGUCAGAUUUUAAAUCGAAGACAAAUCAGUACUGACGAAGUAGUGUCAGAAACACCGGACAUUGUUACAUUUUUUAUUGCGAAUCAUGUUCAAGCUCAAGGACAUGUUGUACCGCUAGAAAUGAGAAAUGCCAAAGUUAAUGAUGAAGUUGCUUCAUGUUUACGACAGGUUGGAGAUGACCUUGAAAGAAAUUUUAGCCUUAAUGAAUUGAUUGGUAAAAUUAGAGUCACGCCACAAACUGCGUUUGAUACGUUUGCGGACGUUGCAAAGCUGAUAUUUUCCGACGGCGUGUACAACUGGGGACGUGUUGUAACGCUGUUGUACUUUGGAUUUAAAUUGGCGUCAUCUGUUGCCAGCCAGUUACCUUUGCUCAAGUUGGUUGUUGACUGGGUUGUGAGGUUUGUUAAAGAAAAAUUGGUUAACUGGAUUGCUGAACAUGGAGGAUGGACGGCAAUCAAAGAGUAUGCAAUGGCGACUGUCCGCGGUGCAUCGAAUAUUCAGGUCGCUGGUGUAUUGUGUCUCGGUGUUUCUGUGAUCUUAAUCGCUAUUGGUCGGAGCUCAUCGUAACAAUGUGUUCGUUCGACUUUAAGCCUCCAGCUACCGUAAAGGCAUAAGUUGGUAUUAAAUUUCACUAAAUUUUUAAAAUCAAAGACUAUUUAACUCUGUGUAGCGUUUACAGUGAUUGUUUGUCGUAUAUCUUGCCAAGUGUUUAGCUGUUAAUUGCUUUUUCUCGAAAAGCUUGACUCUGGAUGAUUUAUUUUUAGUUGAAGAUUGUAUGUGUCAAAGUUUUAUGGUAAAUGGCGUUUUAAAAUAUCUAUCAAAGGAUUUGCAAAAUCAUACAUUAAGCAACGUUGUAUUUAUUUCAUUGAAAUUUGUUCACCAUUAAAAGCAGUCUUUGCGUGUCAAA